UGAGAAUUGGAAAGGAGUGAGAAAGAACAGUUCCCAAACUAUGCAACAUUUCAAUAUCUUUCGCUUCACUUGUAUAAAGCUGCUUCCUUAAAUUCUUGGGGUCCCUCUCUUUCUUUUUUUUUUUUCCCCUCUUUCCUUACUUUCUUCUGUAGCUUUCAAUAUGUGAAAAGAAAAUCCAUCACUCAAAAAUUAUAUAAAAAGAAAAUAAAAAGGGUACUGCUUAAGAGAUCUACUGAAUUGCCUACUUCAACUCUCACUCUUCAAAGAUCUUGAAGUAGCUAAAAAGUUACUUGUUUUACUUGGUUAACUUUCAAGAUCUGUUGCUUCUGCACCUUCAUUGGAGUAAAGGGUCUUUAAGGUUUUGUGUAGUUUCUUGAUUUUAGUGUAAGUAGUUGGAGAUCUGGGAGAAGUAUGAAGCAGCUGUUGAUGGGUGUGUUUAGCUGUGGAACUGGCUUUGGAUGAGAAAUAUGGUGGUUUCUUGGUUCUUGGUUUUUGCUUGGGGUGGGGGGUGGGGGUGAGGGUGGGGUUUGUACUAGUAAAGUUUACAUUUUCUUGGGUUUUCUUAUUUCAUUUGACGCUUUCUGGGGCUGCUCUUUUUUGGCUCAACUAGUGAAACUGAUUGGGGUUUGUACUAGUAAACUUUUCAUUUGUUUGGGUUUUUACUUUCUGGGGUUGCUUUUUUUUUGCUUAACUAGUGGAGUAAGUUGCUUGGAGUUUCUUGAUUUGCUGGAAUGAGGGUAUCUUCAGCUGGGUUUAAUCCUCAGCCAGAGGAAGGAGCAGGGGAGAAGAAAUGCUUGAAUUCAGAGCUGUGGCAUGCGUGUGCAGGACCACUAGUUUCACUUCCACCUGUAGGAAGCAGAGUGGUGUAUUUUCCUCAAGGUCAUAGUGAGCAGAUUUUACAGGUCGCCGCUUCAACAAACAAGGAAGUAGAUGCUCAUAUCCCUAAUUAUCCUGGUUUACCACCUCAACUAAUUUGUCAGCUUCACAACCUGACAAUGCAUGCAGAUGUUGAGACUGAUGAAGUGUAUGCUCAAAUGACAUUGCAGCCACUAAGUCCACAAGAGCAAAAGGAUGUGUGCCUGCUACCCGCAGAACUUGGCAUCCCGAGUAAACAACCAACCAACUAUUUCUGCAAAACUUUGACGGCAAGUGACACCAGUACUCAUGGUGGAUUCUCUGUCCCCCGCCGAGCUGCAGAAAAAGUUUUCCCUCCUCUUGAUUACUCUCAGCAGCCACCCUGUCAAGAGUUGAUUGCAAAAGACCUCCAUGGAAAUGAAUGGAAAUUCCGGCAUAUUUUUCGUGGACAACCAAAAAGGCAUCUAUUGACAACAGGAUGGAGUGUAUUUGUGAGUGCAAAGAGACUUGUUGCAGGCGAUGCGGUCAUCUUUAUUUGGAAUGAAAACAAUCAAUUACUUUUGGGGAUUCGACGUGCUAAUCGUCCUCAAACUGUCAUGCCUUCUUCUGUUUUGUCAAGUGAUAGCAUGCACAUUGGUCUCCUAGCUGCAGCGGCUCAUGCAGCUGCAACUAAUAGCCGCUUUACUAUAUUUUAUAAUCCAAGGGCUAGUCCGUCAGAGUUUGUCAUACCUCUAGCCAAGUAUGCUAAAGCAGUGUAUCAUACUCGAAUUUCUGUUGGUAUGAGGUUCCGGAUGCUGUUUGAAACAGAAGAAUCGAGUGUCCGUAGGUACAUGGGCACAAUUACUGGCAUCAGUGAUUUAGAUCCUGUUCGUUGGCCAAAUUCACAUUGGCGCUCUGUCAAGGUUGGAUGGGAUGAAUCAACUGCUGGAGAGAGGCAGCCCAGAGUUUCUCUGUGGGAGAUUGAACCUUUGACAACUUUUCCUAUGUAUCCGUCUCCUUUCUCCCUUAGGCUAAAGCGGCCUUGGCCUUCUGGACUACCUUCUCUCCCUGGGUUCCCCAAUGGUGAUAUGACUAUGAAUUCUCCGUUCUCAUGGCUGCGUGGUGACAUGGCAGAUCAGGGGAUGCAAUCGCUUAAUUUCCAGGGAUUUGGUGUUACUCCGUUUGUGCAGCCAAGAAUUGAUGCUUCUAUGUUUGGUUUGCAACCCGACAUUCUUCUAACAAUGGCAGCACUAGAUCCAUCAAAACUUGCAAAUCAAUCCCUUGUGCAGUUCCAACAAAGUAUCCCUAGCAGUUCAGUGUCUUUGAGUCAGAGUCAGAUGUUGCAGCCUUCUCAUUCACAGCAAAAUCUGGUCCAAGGCUUCUCAGAAAACCAGUUAAUAUCUCAGGCGCAGAUGCUUCAGCAACAAUUGCAACGUCGUCAAAAUUAUAGUGAUCAACAGCAAUUGCUGCAGCCACAGCUUCAGCAGCACCAAGAAGUGAACUCGCAGUUUCAACACCAACAACAAACCAAGGCCAUCUCCAGUCUCUCUCAGAUGGCUUCAGCUACGCAGCCCCAGCACUCUCAUUUGCAAGUCUUGAGUUCAACUGGUCCCCAACAUACUUUUUCUGAUAUAUUGGGUAACCAUGUCAAUGCAUCUAAUAAUUCUGUUAUGCAGAAUCUGUUGAGUUCAUUUUCCCGUGAUGAGGCAUCUGCUGUCCUGAACAUGCAUGAAAGUCAUCCUCUAGUGUCUUUGUCCUCAUCAUCAAAGAGAAUUGCUUUAGAAUCUCAGCUCCCUUCUCGAGUUACUCCAUUUGUUGUGUCCCAGCCUGAGGAUGUGAUGGCGAACAAUGCUAAGGUCUCAAAUCUUACCUCUUUGUUGCCCCCUUUUCCUGGCAGGGAAUCUUUUCCUGAUUAUAAAGGAGUAGAAGAUAGCCAAAGCAAUGCACUCUAUGGAUUUACAGACUCUUUGAACAUACUGCAGACCAGUAUGUCCAACAUGAAGGAUAGUAGUGGUGAUAAUGGAUCUUUAUCUAUUCCUUAUGCUACCUCUACCUUCACAAGUACAGCGGGCAAUGAGUAUCCCCUUAACUCCGACAUGACUACUUCAAGUUGUGUAGAUGAAUCAGGUUUCUUGCAGUCCUCCGAAAAUGGGGACCAAGCAAACCCAACUAAUAGAACCUUUGUGAAGGUUCACAAAUCAGGGUCCUUUGGACGGUCACUUGAUAUCUCCAAAUUUAGCAGCUAUCACGAACUUCGAAGCGAGCUUGCUCGCAUGUUUGGGCUAGAAGGCUUGUUGGAGGACCCUGAGAGAUCAGGCUGGCAGCUUGUAAUUGUUGACCGAGAGAAUGAUGUCCUCCUCCUCGGUGACGGUCCUUGGCAGGAGUUCGUGAACAAUGUUUGGUAUAUCAAGAUACUUUCUCCACUUGAAGUGCAGCAGAUGGGGAAAGAGGGCCUUGAUCUCCCAAAUGGUGUCCAAGCGCAGAGGCUUCCCGGCAAUGUCAAUGGAUGUGAUGACUAUUUAAACCAGAAGGGCUCUCGAAGUACUAUGAAUGGGAUACCAUUGGGGUCACUUGACUACUAAUGACCAAUCGUGUGACCUGCCUAAGGUAAUUGUACCAUACAGUUGCUGACACCCUUGGUUAAUGUCUGCAAUUUUUUGUACCAUGAUGUGUCAAUGUCAUGUAUCUUUUCUACCUAAGGACCAAGGGCCAUGUCUCAUUUGUAGCUUGUAUUCCAGAUAAAUACACUGUAAAUUAUAAUGCUAUUAUUUGACAAGCCUGUGGAGCUUCCUCCUAGAGAUCAUCUGCAGAAGUAUCUUAUUAGUAGUAGCCAUGGUUGUUAUUUUGCUGGAUG